UCUGAGAAAUAGACUAGGCUACUAUAGGCCUAGGCUACAGAUUGGACAUCAUGUUGGACCAGUAGGUACCUUUAUAUGGCUCUGCGUUGGACAAGCUUCUUGCGUAAAGGUUUGACGUCAUAGAUGGUCAACAUUCGGUCGUCUUUAUGAUGAGGGUUCGCAUAAAGUUCUACGGAAAUAUGCAUCCGAACAUUACUCUGAACCCCAGUAGAAGCGUCAAACACUGUUCAGUCUCUUUGGAAAAACCAACUGCUGAAAUUUCCUGAUAUCCUGAAUAAGUAGAUCCACAUUGUGGAUGCCAUAAGGGCUCCAUUCCCUGUCUGAGCACCUGAGCUGAGCCCCCAGCCAGGUCCCAGGACAAUGGGGAACACAGUCAGCUGCUGCUUUCGUGCCAAUCCCGGUGACCGUCAGGAGGAGGGACAGCGGCUGCAAAAUGUGGGCAUCAAGCAUGAAGUGGCACCUCGUCGGGCAGCAGAUUCUGCGGUGGAAAAGAGCAUUCUCCUAUAUCAACAAGAGGUAGCUGCAGGACUGGUGCCAGAGGAUUUGGCAGAUACCACCAAGAUUGUGGCCUCUAAAUAUCUCGAUGAGGUGACUCUUAAUCUUGAUGUGCCCCUUGCAAAGCUUUGCACAAAGGCUGUUUUUAUGGAGAAGCCUGAGACCCUGGGCUGCUCAGUCAAUGUAGAGGCUCCGAAUGUUUCAGUUGAAAUAACAGAAACUACUCUGCCGAUGACACCUGUGAGGGAGGAAGUAUUUAAUACCAACCUUCCAGUGGAGCAUGUAAUAGAGGAGGCUUCCUCGAAGAUGGUAAAUAUCAGUCUUACUGACAUUGUGCAAGCUAACAAUGACAAAAAUAGGACUCUAAAGGAUUUUAACCUCAGAGAGGAGCUCUGCAGUGGUGACAACAUGAACAGCAGCCUCCCCUCAGCUACAGCUGAAAAAGAUGUACAGGCUGAGAUUAGAGGCUCUGCUGCUAAAGGCCUGAGCUCUGAGUCUUUACUGAGUGACCUGUUGGAGGGACAAGAGACCCCAGAGAGAUCCCAGAUUCCCGAACAGGAUAAGUUAGUAGUGGAAGCAAAGAGUGAGCCUCUCGGCUACUCUGACACGAUGCCUGGAUCUACACCUCUGAUGACACCAUCAGUGAAGAAGGCAGCAUCUGCUGAACCUCAGCAGCAUCUUGUGAGAUCAAAUUGUUCCCUUGCAGAGGAAUCAGCCCGAUGCAUUUCUAUUGGAUUUGACAUCGCCCAUCCAGGAGACCAUUCAAAAGAGGAGGCUUCCUCUGAGAUGGUAAACACUACCAAAGGCUUAAUGAUAACAUCUAUGCAACCAUCUACCAAGGAUGAGGAUGGAGUCGACUAUGAUGACAUUAUCUUGCAUGGCGGUAUAUCGACCGAGGAGACUGUUGAUGAUGCAAUGCUUCCCCAAGAGGACCUUGCCACCAAUACACCAGCUGUAAAGCUGGAGGACCGGCUGGUUCAGAAUCCCUCGGCUGAGGGCGUGGUGAAUAAGGCUCCAAAGGGGUUUUCUCUGGUCAGUGAGAUUGAUGCCCAUCUGGACAUGUGUGGACACCAGUCACUGCUAGACUCCUCCAAAGCCCUGGAUGAUGAACAGGAUGUCCCUCUGCAUAGCAGUGAGGAUGAGCGGCUGCUCACCUCCGCCAUGCUUGGCACAGGUUUCCCCUUCAUAAAUGCUAAGCUUACUGAGGCUAUCUCGCAGCAUAGGAGUGAUAGUGGUCACUCGAUCAGCAUGGAGGGACAGCCACCCGUUAGUGGCCUUGAUCUCAACUCUGUUCCCACUGAUGCUUGUGCAAGAGGCUGUGCUGCAGCCUCUGCUGCCCAAGAUGUGGUGUUUGGCCUGAGCACUAAGUCUUCACUGGGCAACCUGUUGGAGGGGCUAGAUACUCCGAAGAGAUCCCAGAAAAAGCAAGGCGUGAAGGCAAAGAGUGUACCCCUUACAAAGAUGCUUGCUGAACUUGCUGAACUUCAGAAGGUUGUGGUGAGCUCAACUGGUUCCACUGACGGAGGGCUGGCUGUAAAUCUCCAGGAUGAGAGACCUGGAAGUGCUGGCAGGUGGAGCCCAGUGUCAGAUGGGAGUGAGGCUUGGUUUACUUGGUAUGUCAGUUGCAUAACCAUUUACCAUAGGAAAUGAAUGAGAUAGUUUUGGAUCAAGUCAGUCAUUAAACAGCAAUUAAGAC